AUGCCAGACGACAGCAAAGUCAUGUCGUCCGCCGACAUCGAGGACACACAUUCCGUCAAGAUGGGAGAAGUUUCCUCAGCCAACGUUGAUGUGGCGGCUGCCUAUGCUCAUCAUCUCACGGGGGAGAAUGCGUAUACAAGAAAAGAAGCGACACGCUUGCGAUGGAAGCUAGACCUGCGUCUUGUGCCUUUGCUCUGGUUCAACAUCACGCUGGGCGCUAUGGACAAAGUGACGACAGCUACAGCGGCCUUGUACGGCUUCCGAGCUGAUACUGGCUUGACUGGAGAUAGAUACAGCUGGGUCGGCAGUGCAUUCUAUUUCGGUUAUCUGUUCUGGUGCCUACCGAGUGGCAGCCUCCUCCAACGCUUCCCGAUCGCCAAACUAAUGUUUGUCGUCCAACUCCUCUGGGGCUGCAUUCUCAUCGCGACUGGCUUUGCCAACAACUUCCCCACGCUUAUCGCACUUCGUGUCCUUCUUGGAGCCCUUGAAGCGCCCAUUGUACCCGGCAACUUCCUCAUCAUCAGCAUGUGGUACCCGCGACGUGAGCAACCUCUUCGAACCGGCUUGAUGUAUACGGGUCUUUCUGUGUGCUUCACUGGCCCAAUCGGAUACGGUAUCGGAUUCCUAGCAGGCGAACAUCAAUGGCGCGCUAUGUUCUGGAUCACAGGCGCAAUGACUAUUGUAUGGGCUUGUGUGAUCGGUAUCUUCUUACCCGACAAUCCUGUCAAGGCGAAGUUCGUCAGCGAGCGACAAAAGGCCAUCGUAAUUGACAAGAUCCGGCAAGAUCAGACGGGAGUCGAGAACAAAACGUUCAAGAAGGACCAGAUGAUUGAAGCCUUCCUUGAUCCUAAGACGUGGCUAAUGUUCUUCUUUCAUAUCUGGAUCAGUAUUCCGAACGGAGGUUUGACGAACUUCACGCCUCUCAUUAUCAAAGGCCUCGGCUACACGUCUCAGCGCUCGACGCUCCUCACAAUGCCUACGGGUAUCUUGCAGACUGUUGCGUCCUACGUUUGCAAUGGCGGAGUAUUUCUGACUGCGAAGUAUUUCCCAGCAAAACAGCUGCGAACCGCAUGGGUCGUGUUUGGUAUCAUCGUCGGUAUGAUCUCCGCAGUCUUCUUAUACGUUCUGCCUAUCGACAACUACAAUGGACGUCUCGCAGCGUUGUACUGCUCAUACUUCUACCUUGGCCCCUACAUCGUCGCCCUCGGUAUCAACACGGCAAACACCGCAGGCCACACGAAGAAAGUUACUGUCAAUGCGCUGGUCUUUAUCGCAUACUGUAUCAGCAACAUCAUCGCGCCCCAAUUCUUUAAGGCCGACCAGGCACCGCUAUAUCCGCUUGAUGAGCAGAAGGCUUUCGAAGCUAAUGUAGCUGCUAUUGAAAAGCAAUGGAGCUCUGCAAGGCAGUCGCAUUUGAAGCGACCAUACACGGCGAGCACUAUAGCCGUGCUUCGUACUUCCAUCCCCGCUUCCUCGGAAGCCUCCUCAAUUCAGGCCAUCAAGCUCUGGAAGCAACUUAAUGCACAUAACAAAGCCGGCACAUGCGAGUUGACAUUUGGCACGACCGACCCGGUUGCAGUCUCGCAGAUGGCCAAACACCAGCAGACUGUCUACGUAUCCGGUGCUCUAUGCGGAUUUUCGGAAGUCGCACUCCCCGGAAUGGACCACGCCGACUACCCAUGGGAUACCGUGCCAAAGGUCGUCUCCAAGAUCUUCAAAAGCCAGCUUUGGCACGACCAGCGUCAGCGACAAUACCGGUUACGACAUCCGAUUGAGGAGCGUGAAGAGCUGGAGAACUGGGACUACAUGGCGCCAAUCGUCGCGGAUGGCGACAUGGGCUUCGGGAGCUUGACGAGUACAAUGAAAAUGGCGCGCGAGUUCGUGGACGCUGGCGUAGCGAUGAUCCACAUUGACGAUCUUGCUAUCGGAAUGAAGAAGUUUACUAUUGGUCAAGGGCGUACUAUUGUGCCGACGCAAGAGUACCUGGAUCGCUUGACAGCUGUGCGGAUGCAAUUUGAUGUCAUGGGUGCAGAGACGCUACUGCUAUGCCGCUGCGACACAGACCAUGCCGAGUUCAUCACCAGUGUCGUUGACGAGCGUGACCACGAGUAUGUGCAGGGAGCGACGAAGAAGAUAGAGCCGUUGCAGAAGUGUCUCGCGGCUGCGCAGAUGCAGGGGCAGGAUUUGAAGGCUGCGCGGGACGAGUGGAAGGCGAAAGCGGGGAUGAAGACUUUCGAUGAGGCUGUCGAGGCCGUUGCGUCGAAAGAAGAGUUUGCCGCUUACAAGGCGGAGCUUUCGAAACGACAAGUUGCUUCUCUGUCAGACCGUCGCGACAUCGCAAACAAGACCGUGAAACAGGAAGUGUUCUUCGACUGGGAGCUGUCGCGAUCAGCGAUGGGACAGUACAUGAUCAAGAGCUGUGUCAAGGGCAUCGUCGAGCGCGCCAUCGCCGCUGCGCCACUCGGAGACGUGACCUGGGCGCGUAUGGACUCUCCGAAGUGGGAAGACAUUGUCGAGUUUCACACCGAAGUUCGCAAGGUGUAUCCAGAUCGGCUCUUUGCCUUUGGCUACACCGGCGACUAUGACUUUGCGAAAGCGGGUUUCAGUGAUGACCAGGUCAAGAACCUUCAUCUUGAUCUUGCCAAGCUAGGGAUUGUAUGGCAGGUCCAGCCGAUCUGGAGUCUGCAGGGUCUGAACAUGGUGACGGAGCAAUUCGCGAAGAUGUGGCAGGACCAAGGUAUCGCUGGCUACUUGAAGUCGGUACAAGGUCCGGCUCUUAGCUCAAAACCGAUGACUGAUGGGUUUGAGAAGUUGAGUUACUGCGGUGGAUAUUUGGCGGAUGCAUUCUUCGAAACGGUCGCCGGAGAGUCCAUCGUAGAAAAGGGCAAAUCAGUGUGA